AUGGGUCAGCAAGCAUGUGGUAGAGAGUCACUGGGAUUUACAAAGGUAGACCAAAAGAAUUACCUUCGAACUGUCCGACAGAAAAAGAUAAAAUUUGGAGAAGCUGGUUAUCUGAUAGAAUAUUUUUCAAAGAAAAUGUUGGAAAAUCUUUCGUUCUUCUAUGAGAUGCAGUUGGACACUGAGGAACAGAUUACCAAUGUUUUUUGGGUUGAUGCUAAAAUGAUAAUGGAUUAUGGUAUAUUUGGUGAUGUGGUAAUGUGUGGGAAUCCUCCACAAACCUUUUUCACUGAUCAAGAUGCAGCGAUAGCCAAUGAUGUAUUACAUGUGAUGUCAGGUACUUGCCAUCGACUUUGUAUAUGGCAUUUGAUGCAAAAUGCUGUCAAGAAAGAAGAGGAUGAGUUCUUGAGUGCUUGGCAGUCCACGCUGGAUGAGUACAAUGCACAUGAUGAUACUUGGGUAGCUGCAACAUUUGAAAUAAGAAAAAAAUGGGUGCAUGCAUAUGUGAAGUGGACAUGGUCAACAGGAAUGCAAACUACACAAUUGAGUGAAAGCUUUAAUGCUAGUUUGAAGGGGUAUUUGAAAUCAGACGUACAAUUGCCUGAGUUUUUUACUCACUUUAUAAGAAUGAUAUUUGAUAAGCGGUAUAAGGAAUUGGAAGCUGAGUAUGAUUUGUUGUUCCGGAUUGUUCACUACAAAAUGGAUGUAAGUAUCUUGAUACAUGCACGAGAAGUUUAUACUAAAGCCAGAUUUAAGGUAUUUCAAGCUCAGUUUGAAGAAUCUUUAAAGUCUUCCAUAACGAAGUGUGUGUCCAAUGGUGAAAAGUAUAUCUUCACUGUUGUUAUGGAUGAGUUCUUUAAGGAGAGGCUAGUAAAAAGAGAAGGCAUUGUGUCAAAGUGA